CCGAAUUUCAAUUCCACGUCGAUCAUCUCUUCCUCCUUCAAAGUUCAUACAAGUAUGAAGUAUACAACCCCUCCAAAGCCACUCUUCUCUUAGCAAGAAAUCCAAGAACACACGAUUCUCCUUCUUCAAUCCAACCGAUGGAAAAGAUUAAUCUUUUCACCCUACGCACUCUUCUCUUCCUCGUCACCGUCGUCAUCCUCCUGUUCCCCUCUGCCGCAUCCUCCACCGAGGCCCUCCUUACCCUGGCGGUGCAAACCCUAACCGACGCCGGCUUCCUUUCCAUGGCCCUCACCCUCCGCCUCGCGUCCCCUUCCAUCCCCCUCCCUUCCGCCAACACCGCCACCGUCUUCGUACCCCCAAACGCCGCCUUCAUCCGCUCCGGCCCGCUCCCACUCUCACUCCUCAAAUACCACAUCCUACCCGACAGGCUCCCACUCCAAAACCUCUCAACUCUCCAACCAAACACGCCCUUACCCACUCUCCUCCCAAAUUCCUAUCUCAGCAUUACCUCUUCCUCCUCCAACAAACUUUCCCUAAACGACGUCGUCGUUUCCAAGAUACCAAUCUUCGACGACGGUUCAUUACUCUUGCUCGCAAUCGACGACUUCUUCAACUCAUCUUCGCUCCAAGAAUUAGAAUCCGAACCCGCCCGUACUAACGCAGAAACGUUUGCCGCCGUCACCGAAGUCUUGAAGUCUAACGGCUGCUCCGUAAUGGCCACGUUUCUUGAUGCUCAGCUUUCGACGGAGUUUGGUGAUGAGAGGAAGUUCACGAUCUUCGCGCCGUUAGAUGAGGCGUUCGCCGUUAACGGCGUGAGGAAUAUCGGCGAUUACUCUACGAUCUUCCGCAAGCACGUCGUGCCGAAGCUGAUUACAUGGCGCGAUCUGAUUCGUCUCCCUAACGAGUCUCUGCUGCCGACGUUCUCCGACGGGUUUGAGAUCAAUGUGACGGUUUCUCCGAGGAUGCGGUUCCUCAACGGUGUUCUGGUGGCGGUUCCGGACAUGUUUCGCAGCGAUCUCGUCGUCGUUCAUGGAAUUCAUGGCUUACUUGAUAGCAAUAGAGUGGAACAGUGCCACAGUGCUACGUGCUGACUGAAGGUGUAUCCAUUUCUUCUGAAUAUUGAAUUUUAGGGUUAGAUUUUGGUAUAUUCAAUGGUCCGUGAAUACUUGAAUCUUAUGUAGUUUUCUAUUGGAAUUGUAUGUUUGUGUAGACCUAUAUUCAAUUGUGUAUGCAAAUUGCACAGAGCAUUAACAAUUCUUUCAAAGACAAACAGAUAGUGUGUGAACUCUU